AUGGAAAAUUUUGGUGGUUGGAUGGGUGGUUCAGCUACUCUUCACAAGCAGAAAAGCAUAAAAUUUGAUGCGAGUCAAUAUGAGUUGUUUGGGGAAAAUGUGGAGUACGAGAUAGGAGGACUCGAAGAAGCCAUGGAUAAUGCUCAAACUGAUCAUGAGAAGGCUGAAGAUCAUCAAGAUUGCCAAUCAUCUGGAAAAUACAAGGGUAAAUAUGCUGCAUUCUCAUCUAGUAUUAACGAUCUUGCAACUUCUUUCACAAGGUUGAACGGGGUCAGUGAACCAAGAAGAGAUGAGAGGAGAGUUUCUUCUUCUUCUUCUUCUUCCAUGGAAAUGAGAGGAUUCAGAGACAAUAGAAGAAGGAGAGGAACUGUGAAAUGGUACAGCAAUCAAAGAGGGUAUGGAUUUAUAACACCAAAAGGUAGCGGGGCAGAUGUGUUUGUGCAUUACUCAUCUCUGAAAUCUGAUGGCUGCAUACACCUAUGGCCUGGCACAUCAGUGGAGUAUGAAAGUGUUGUGGGUGUUUCUGAUGCCAAAAUGCAAGCAAUUAAUGUGACUGCUCCUGGAGGAAAAUUGCUUCAAGACAGCAGAAAAGUAGGAGUUGGUGAGGCAACCGCCGCCACCAGCAGCAGCAGCAGCAGCAGUGGUGUUGGUGUUGGUCCUUGUUUCAAUUGUGGGGAAUGGGGUCACAUAGCCAAGAAUUGCUGCAUUGUUGCACAAAGUCAUCAAGGUGGAAAUGGAUGGGUAGCUGAUCAAUUGUUGCACACACCAGGGGAAUCUGGAGGAGGAUGGUUUGGCUUUGCUUGGUGUUGUUGUUGUGGCAAAUUAGGUCAUCUUGCAAGUGAUUGUCCUUGA